AUGGCGACGUAUUCCCGCCUUGGAACUAGUCUAGGCGCACACGACAUGUCCGACCUUGAAUCAGGUUCCAAUGAUCGAUGGAGUGACUUGGAAGCAGAGAUUGAGGGCCUUUUCGAAAAGCUCACGGAAACAGUGGAAGAAAUGGCUGCAUUGCUCAACAAUCCCUCGUCUCCUCCGACGCAGAGCAUGCUGCAUACCGUCCAGCGGCACCGUGAUGUGCUACAAGAUUACAAGACGGAUUACAGAAGAACUAAGACGAACCUACAACACGCCUUUGAUCGUGCAAACUUGCUGAACAACGUCCGAAGCGAUAUUGAAUCUUACAAGACGGCACACUCGAGUACAACAGACGCGUUGCUCGCAGAAAGAAAUCGUAUUGAUAGUUCGCAUCGAAUGACUGACGACAUUCUGGCCCAAGCGUAUGAAACCCGAGCAGAGUUUGGGCGACAACGAGCGUCAAUCGCCGGAAUCAACGCUAGGAUGGGAAAUGUAAUAUCUUCUAUGCCCGGUAUCGACAGUCUGCUUGGGAUGAUUCGCACGCGCCGUCGACGAGAUGCGGUCAUUAUGGGUGUAGUCUUUGGAAUUGUGUUAUUUGAUGUUGCAGUAUCCACCGAACUGGGUGGCUACGUUCCUCGACCUGACCGCCUGAGUUUGGAUCUGUCCGGUCAGACGAUGAAUGUUCAUGGGGUUGCCUAUGCGCCUCAACAAGCACCUCCGGCUGCGUUUUAUAACGCUCAGAAUAAGGGGACUCUCCAGCCCGGCCAGGUUAUCCAAAUCCAGUCGCUAACAGUCACCGUCGAGCGGUUUUUGAGCCAGGGCGGCUUUGCGCAUGUUUACCUCGUCAAGAGUGCAACACCCGUCAAUGGCACCCAGCACCAUGUCCUUAAAAGAAUGCUCGUCGCUGAUCAUGUAAUGCUACAAGAUGUCAAGAAAGAAGUUGAUAUCAUGAGGAUUCUCAGAGGACAUCCGAACAUUGUCAACCUCAUUGAUUCAGCAUGGAAUCAACUACCAGAUGGCCGUUUCGAGGCGAGUUUCCCUCUUGCUAAUUUCUUCCCUCGGACGGAUACCUCAACCCUUGAUACAUUACUCCUGAUUUACGGAUCAUUAACCGUGAUAAACUACGCAGGAGGCGGAAUUAUCGACAUGAUGAAUCGAAGACUUCGGGAGAGACUCACCGAGGGCGAAAUUCUGCAAAUUUUUGUCGAUGUGUGCGAAGGUGUAGCUGCGAUGCAUAAUUUACAACCCCCGCUCCUCCAUCGGGAUCUAAAGGCACGCAGACAGCUCGGGGUCGAAAACAUUCUCCAAGCCAACGAAACGAGCUUCAAGUUGUGCGACUUCGGUUCAGCGACGUCUGUGACCAAAGCACCGACUACUGCCGCCGAAAUGCGCGCCUUGGAGUACGACCUAAAUCGGCACACGACGCUACAGUAUAGAGCCCCGGAAAUGGUAGAUCCUCAGUUGCGACGGCCGAUUGAUGAAAAGUCGGAUGUUUGGGCACUCGGAGUGCUACUUUACAAGCUCUGCUACUAUACCACACCAUUCGAAGAGCACGGCCCUCUUGCGAUCCUCAAUGUACAAUAUAAGCUUCCCCCGUACCCUGUUUACUCUUCCGGCAUGAUUUCUUUGAUCACGUCUAUACUCAGAGAGUACGGAACCCAACGACCCAGUGUAUUCGAGAUCCUGGACACCGUACAUCGUAUGAGAGGAACGAAAUCACGAUACAGAUAUGCACCACGACCUGUAGCGGCUCAAUCACCUAUCCCGAAGUCUCCGGACGACAUUGUAUCCUUCCGAGUAUCCCAAACCCAGAAGGACCUCAAGUCGCCUCUGGUUUCAUCCGCCGCCCAAAUUCGACAAGGGGUUAUGGAGGCAAUCGCCCCUAUGCGCCGUGGACGUCCUAACGCCCUAACAUCAAACACACCAGCAGGUGGAAUGUAUGCCGACGAUCUCGAUCUCCCUACGCCAAGAAAUGCGCAUUUCAAAAGCGCGACCACAUCUGAGAAGUGGAAUCCACCAGCUCGAGAGGCGCCGGCAGUCCUGGGAGGGAGCAAUCGGACUGUUCACCAACGCCUGCAAAGUCAAGAAUGGAUUCCAUCACGGGCGACCAAGGAACCCAGUAAACCGCAGGCGUCUCCGUGGGAUGGGCUUGGAAGCUUGGACGCGACUGAGAAGGCCCAAGCGGCUCAGGCAGGUGGCUUUGGAGAUUCUUUUGACCCCGCUAUCAUGGCAGCAAGGCGGAAUCUCCAAAAUAUAGCCGCUACAAGCCCUCCAGCCUCUAGUUCUUCUGGAUCAACAACACAGCAGCCAUCGCCAUUCCAACCGAUUACAUCGCCUCCUGCAUCAGGCACCCAGCAAUCUCGCUUCACUAUGCCUACACCGAGCCGCCUGCUCCAGGCACCCCGACCGCCGAUGCAAACAAAGCCCAAGGACUCUUUCGAUGAUAUCCCAAAUCUAUCAAUGUCAGCGCCUACAGCAUCCAUUCUACGCCCUUCGAGUAAUGCUUCGACGCAGAAUGGUUUGGUGUCCGCCUUCUCUCGACCGUCCACUGCUGCUGAAUCAAUCGCUUCAACGGGGACAGGACUUUCCUCUGCAGCUGUUGUUGAAGGAUCUGCCGCACUAUCUGCCGCGGAGCGAUUUCCUUCAAUCGAACAACUAGAAUUUGGAGGUCGAGAAAAACCUGCGCCUCCCGUUGGGCCGCGUGCUCCUUCUCCGAUCAAGCCAAGUAUGUAUUCGCAAAACCGACCUCCGGCAUACUCUCAGCUCUCGAGGAUGAGCUACACUGGAGGCUUGGCAUUGGACCACGAUAUCAUCACACCUCCAGCGGGUGCACCAGUGAGCGGUGUUCGAUCGCAGCAAGUGACUGGGACGGCCAUGAAAGGAGCAAAUGUUGCGACGCCAAGUGCAGCUGCCUCAAAUACCCAAACCAAUGCGAACCCUCCACCCACAUCCAAGCCGCCUGCAUUUUCGCAUACUCCUGCAACACCCACCAAGUUCCCUCCAACGGAGCGACCACCAAGUCGCUUCCCGACAGCGGAGAGACCAAUAGCUCCAGGAAGAAAGGGAGUAUUGGCACGAAGACGGCAAGCAUCCAUGGAAAUCAAAGCUGAGCCUUCACCACUGGCUCGUGCUCCUCAAGAGCAAGAUCUCUUGGGCCAGAGCCUCCUUUCCAUCAACCAGCCUCUGGUCACCCAACGAACUCCAUCUCCUUCCGCUGUUCCUCAGCGAGACUGGCUCAUGGACGAAGACAUUGUGCUAAACAACAUCCCAAAGGCGUCGACUGGCUCGCUCCAACCGCGGUUACCAACGCCAGAGCCAUCUUUUGUAGAUCCCAACAAGGCAAAACGCGCCACCAUGGGGACCGCGUUGAUAUCGAACGGACGAGUACCACCUGGGGCGCCUCCUGGUAUGGAGACUAUAUUGGCGAACUGGCAACGAGGGGGCAUAACCAAUCCUUCCACCUAUCAACCUGCGAACAUGCAGCCCACAUCAUCAUCCUCAUCAACGUCUGGAGUGGCAUUGCCUGGGCUUGUAGGGAAACCAGGUGGAGAUCCUCGACCACCUUUAACGAGGAUGAGGUCCAAUACAGCCUCCCGGAUAAUGCCUGGAGAACAAUCUCCUCCACUUCUUCCAUCUCGCAUGACAACACAACAACAACAGCAGCAGCAGCCACAGCAGCGUCGUCUACCAUCCCCACAGCCGGAAAAUAGGCCGACACUGACAGAGAAUUGGAGUCCUGUCGAUCAGCAGUUUCCACCUCGGGCUAAGAGUACCUUUGGGGAAACACAGACAGGUGCGGACUCGAGCGGCAAUGAGGAUGGUCCAGAGGACGUAGAGUCUACGACACUACGGCAGAUGCGAGCCAGGGUUCACAUAAGGGAUUCAGAAGCCGCUUCAUCGAAUCAAAAAGCACAGGAAGUCGAGACGCAACGACAGCACCAAGCUCGUCAAGGCUCGGUGCACGAUCUGAUCGAUGUAUGGAGCACAAACUCUAGAGCCACAGGAAGCUCCGGAAAGGAAAGCUUGUCCCAGCAACUCGAACACCAGAGGCUGCCCUCUAGAGAUCUGAUGAGCUUCCAAGAGCCUGUACAAAGCACUAAUAUGACGAACCAGCAGGCUGCCGCUGCUGCAAUGAGCCGGGCGAUGCAAUUAUUUCCUCCUCUCGAGUCUCUGGACCGAAGACAAUCUCCCGCUUCUGCAAGUGGCUCGGAGAAGGAUGUAGAUGCAGCUCGGCCACAGCCUCAGAAGCGUAACUCUGGGCCAAAAGUGCGACCCGCACAGUUGCCUUUUGAGCGUGCACGCCCGCAAUCCUUGUUCAUCGCUCCCGCUCCUUCGUCAGCACCCCUUCAUCAUAUGCGAAAUUCCCCCCAGGACUCGCUUCCUGUGCCAAGCCCCAGUAGUUCUAGUCCAUUCGACCGCCAACGCAGCGGUAGGCGAGGGUCUAUCUCCGACAUGGUAUCAAAAUACGAAGCACUUUCGGUGGUAUCAUCCGGCUCUGGGUAUACGGCGUCCAAUGAAAGUGGUCCUAUGAGCCCGCGACCAAAGCCACCUGUUGGAGCCAAACCGGCGCCUUUGCGUCCAGGAGGCGUACCCCCGAGUGCGUCUUCAUCUCCUGUCGCCCGCAAAUUGCCCGUGCUGAAGACCCCUACAGCAAAUGUGGCAUCUCCUGGGAACGCUUUUCUUCCUCCUAUCGAUCCUGUGGCGUUACACCAACAGCAACAGCAGCAUAGAGAACCGAAGAUGAGUGCGCCUGUCAAGAUGCGGACCUCGCCCCUGCUGUUCAAACCGGCGGAGUUCCCUAAUGAGCCAACUCAGCCGCCAUACUCAAACUAUGCGAAGGAAAGAGAAUCCCCUGUCGAAUCUCAAAGAGCAGGUGGCAGCGUUAGUGGUCUCUCAAGCAAUUUCAACUAUUCGAGCACCCACGGGACCAACUUGCAGCCUCCUGUCACGGCAGAGCGCGAUCGUAGCGGUUCGCCUGCUUCACAAACUGGAACGGUUUCGGAUGCAAACGAUGAUAUUCUGCUUGUCUCGCCUCGGCCACGCCAAACGCCACAACAGUCCUUUUCCGAUAAUCGUUCGCAAUUGUCGGUCUCUCAGCUACAACGUGAAAAGAGUCCACCACCCCCAAGUGAAUCGCCGGAGCAGGUAUACAAGGGUGUAGGAGGGCUAAUCGACAAGUGGCAGAAAAUGUCAGAGGAAGGUGAGGGCAAAGCGAGAGUAGGCAUCCGGCCUGGUGGACCGCGCCAGCAGCGCAAGGGAAACACAUAA